AUGGCCCGACUUCCUCCCUCAGAGAAUCCUCAAACCAUGUCGAAACUAUCAAGCAGCCUCAAGGCGUUGGUCAAUGCCCCAACAGCCCGUCCAUUCACGGUGCCUGCCCCAGCAAACAUAACCUCGGUCUACCAGAAGAUCCAACAAACAGCGAAAGCCAAGCAGGUGUCGCAGCCAUCAUGGGUCGCACUAUCGACAGCAGCCACGAUGACCAUGAACUCCCCGGAGUCACUGACGGCCCUGUUCGAGCUAGCCGGCACAGACAAGCCAGUUGAAACCGCCGAGCUGAUUCGUGAGGUGGGACUCAAAUGUAUCAGUUUCAAUGGCAUCCCCCGCACCAUCAACUGUCUCGGCGCUUUCAAAUCCAACCUGCCCCAGGCAGUGGAUGCUCAGCUCUCGCGCACGCCCACCCGUGCACCCACGCCGGAGAACAUCUCGGGCAUCAGGGAGCGGGGCCAUGCACUCUGGGACUCCAUCUACCGACCCUUCGAGAAGAAGCUAUUUAAUAAGCUCGCGGAGUCUCAUCCCGAUUUGCCCGUGCACAUUCUGCAUGCGAAUUACGGCGCAUUGCUCUCUGAUCCGGAGCGGAGUACGGGCGCGUCGGCUGGUCGCAUUUUGACCUCCAUCGUGGCUGUGGCGUGUCUGAGGUCUCAGUCUGGCGUGGGACCUCAGGUCACAUCGCAUCUGUUUGGACUGCGGAAGGCGCUUGAGGAUGGGUCUUGGGCUGGUGAUGUCGAGGGGGAGCAGGGGGCUCGUUGGUUGGCGAGUGAUGAGGGAAAUACGUGGAUUUUGGAGAGUGUUGACUCCAUUGUGGAAGCCAUUGGACAAGGUCAGGGAUCGAACUUUGCCCCUGGACGGGCGAAAUUAUAG